AGCACCGCGCGCGCGCUCUCUGUUGUCGUGCCGCCGCCUCUCAAGUGGUGCGGUUUGUUCGUGGCGCUCUUUCGGGUCCGCAGCGCUUCCCGUUCUUUCUCCUUUCCUCUGCCCAGGCCCGGCGCUGCUUCCCCGCCCGCUUCCCCCCUCCCCCUUCGCGGCCGGCGCGUUCACGCGAGUCCCCGGCUUCGCUCGAGGCCUACGUCCUUUUUUUUUUUUUUUUUUUUUUUAAAUCCGCCUCCCUCCGUCAAGCCGGCGACAUGGCGCGGCUGUCUGUGCCCAGCUCGCAGAAGGCGCUGCUGCUGGAGCUGAAAGGGCUUCAGGAGGAGCCCGUGGAGGGCUUCCGAGUCAGCCUGGUGGACGAGGGGGACCUCUACAACUGGGAGGUGGCCAUCUUCGGGCCUCCCAAUACGCAUUACGAGGGUGGCUAUUUCAAGGCUCGGCUCAGAUUUCCCAUUGAUUACCCUUAUUCGCCGCCUGCCUUUCGAUUCCUGACCAAAAUGUGGCAUCCCAACAUAUAUGAGACAGGAGAUGUUUGCAUUUCAAUUCUACAUCCUCCAGUGGAUGACCCACAGAGCGGAGAGUUACCGUCAGAAAGGUGGAAUCCUACGCAGAAUGUAAGAACAAUUCUUCUUAGUGUCAUCUCACUCCUGAAUGAACCAAACACUUUCUCUCCUGCAAAUGUUGACGCUUCGGUGAUGUACCGAAAGUGGAAAGAGAGCAAAGGGAAGGAUCAAGAAUACACGGACAUCAUCAGGAAACAAGUGCUGGGAACCAAGGUGGAAGCUGAAAGGGACGGAGUCAAAGUCCCCACCACGUUAGCGGAGUAUUGCGUCAAGACCAAGACCCCCGCCCCGGACGAAGGCUCUGACCUCUUCUACGACGACUAUUACGAAGACGAUGAGAUGGACGACGAGGUGGAAAGCUGCUACGGGGACGACGAUGACUCCGGCAACGAGGAGUCUUGACGAGGGAUUCCCUGCCCCGUCCCCCUUCUUCCGCCACCCCCCCUUCCUUCUCCCCCUCUCCCCCUCCCUCCACCGCUGCCUCCUGCUGCUGCACCUGAUAGUAGCAAUAAAUUACCUGACUCAUACUUGAACCCAGGAUGCAACCGGCUGAGACCUGGAAACCCCGUUUGGCCCCGAGACAAAAGGACCCAAAAAACUCUACCUCAAAAGGAAGACUCGGCUUCUGCUUGACUGGGGAGGGGGUGGGAGAUCUCCCGGGGGUGGGGGGGGGCUUUCAAGUGCUGUGCGUGUGUUUUUUGGGCUUCGGAUUUUUUAUUUUUCAUUUCCUUUUAUUCGGGGAGGAUUUGGGUGGAUGGCAGCGACUCCUGAGUUCAUCCUGAGCUGUUGCUCGUGGCCGUCUUGGCGGGGAGUUUCGGAGCCCAGCACCAAGGAGGCGGACGGUCUUUUUCAAGGAGGCAAGGAACCGAGCGGUGUGAGGUUUGGAAUCGCUUUUGGUGACGUGGGUGGUUUUUUUCCUCUAACAAAACAAAAAACAAAAAAAGCGCAAAAAAAAUGCAGGCCAAGAGAUUUGGGGAGAAUUCCUAGCGAGGAUUUCCUAGCUGUAACCAGGCAGGUUGGGGUGACAUUUAUUGGCCAGUCUGCACUUGUACAGCAGAAGCAGGUUUUGUGAAGUGGGUAUUUCCAUCUGGUUCGCUCUGGAGACGAAGCCAGGAAUUCUGAAGUUUGUUUGUUUUUCUUUUUCAUGGUUCCUUCCUUGAGCCGAUUCUAAAGCCAGGUCUCUCCAGACCACAGGUGUCUCGGUUCCGGCGUGCCGCCAAACUUCCGUUUGAUCAAGAUGACCUCCGUGAUGGUUUUAUCUGCUUUCUUUUCUCUUUCCUUGGCUUGACUUCCUUUUGGGGAGGGGCCCCCACUUCCAGAGUUGAAGUGCACAAGCCUUAAAGUUGCCAAGGUUGGAGACCCCUGUCCUAGAGAGCUCAUUGCUUGAUGUGGGACAGGCACUGGAGGGGAAAGAAGGUAGGAUAAGAGUGGAUAGAAGACACUCCACCUUCUAUACCAGCUUCAAACCAAGCAGCAUCUCUUUCUCGCCCCCCUCCCCUUUUUUUUCCAGGGAUCUCCAGCAAAAGUUAGGUAGCUCGGUAGGAGGCCACAGCUCUGACUGAGUAGGCCCAUACCUACAGCCAAGCAUGGGAUCCUUCAGCCAGGAUAAAUUAUGUUGUGGGGGAUGCAUGGAAGAGAAAGGCCCUUGGUCUUCCUCUUCUUGCCUUCUACAGGGCUCCCUCUCCUGGUUUUCAUUAUAGAGAGAAGACCUCCCCACCCCCCACAGGACACGUUGAAAAGACAAGUCACUGAUAGAAGAAAGAGACUCGGUCCAGCCUGGAUGCCUCCCCUUGAACCCAGAGAGAGAAGGUUAAAAGAGUGGAUUAACAAGGCCAGCAGCCAAUCCUUGAACUCCCUCAGAAACGUCCAAACUCAGAUGUUCCACGUCUGCUCAGAAAAAUCUGAAAGACCCCAGUUCUAAAAGACUCAAGACGCUCUUUAACGCGGGGAAUCUCCAAACUUGGCAAACUUUUAAGACUUGUGGAUUUGAACCUCCACAAUUCCCCAGCCAGCCUGGCCGUUGAAGUCCACAAGUCUUAAAAGUUGCCAGGUUUGGAGACCCCCUAGUCUAAAUGGACCCACUGGUGGCAGAGGUUUUUAAUGUAGGGAAAAAAGAAAAAAGAAAAGAAACAGCCAAUCCACCUCCUUCCAACUUCCCUUCAACAGAGUCUUUGAUGCUGAAUUGGGAGUGACUACUUCUUGCCCACCAGACAUAAUGCUGUAGACCUAUUCAUCUCCCCUCUGAUGGGUGGAGAUCCUAGAGGCCAGAGUGUGGCCCAUAGCCAUAAUUCACAGAGGUCACCUUAGUAUCUACCAGGACUUCCAUCCCCUGGACCAGAGGACUUGCUCAGCUCAUCCUUCCAGAACAGGGGUCUCCAACCUUGGUCCCUUUAAGACUUGCGGACUUCAACUCCCAGAGUUCCUCAGCCAGCUUUGCUGGCUGAGGGACUCUGGGAGUUGAAGUCCGCAAGUCUUAAAGGGACCAAGGUUGGAGACCCCUGCUCCAGAAUAUAGGAAAUUCAGAUGGGGUGCACAAGCUAGCUGAGAUCCCCUCGUAGCUGCUAGACUUCAGAUCUCAGCCAGAGGCCUUGGCAAAUAGCAUAACCGCUAACAAACCACGAUAGUUGAAGAUCUGAAGAACGUUCUCCUUUGGCCUGCUUGAGGGGGAAAAAACGAGCCAUCCCAGAGCCUUCGGGAAUGAGAGGCAUACAAGUAAACUAGUAAACGGCGUAUGAAAGCAAGGAUAGCAGGACAAGCUGUGAUUGAAAUGUCUUUGAAUAUUAGUAGCUCGGGUUGGUAGUUAAGACUGUUGGUUUGAACUCCGAGCUUGGUGGUUUGGCUGCAAAUGUUUCGUCCCCGUUCGAGGAGACACCUUCAGUGCGCAUUGAAGAUCUUCUCCUCAGAUGGGGACGAAACGUUUGCAACUAAAUCGGCAAGCUCGGAGCGCAAACCAACAACAGAACAAGCUAUGAUCCCCGUUCCUUUCCAUUGCUACCUCACUUAGCCACCAAAUGGGAGGCAGCUGUGUGGAAGAACACAGAACCACCACCCCACCAAAAGAAGCCACAUCAAACCCCCUCCCCAUUGGAUAUCUUUUCUCAAUGGGAAGUCAUCCUAGGUAGGAGAAAGUGGAAGUACUGAUUGUCUGGGCCUCUGGGUGAGAAGGCCUGCCCACAAACUCAAUAGUACCUAAAGAAAGCCUUAACAUGGUUUCCACUUUCAAAUUGUACUGAUUACAACAGGGAUGUCCAAACAUGGCUCCUUGAAGAAUGGUGGACCUCAACUCCCAGAAUUCCCCAGCCAGCAUGAGCUAUAAAUAUGACCAAAUUGCUGGCUGGGGAAUUCUGGGAGUUGAAGUCCACCACUCUUCAAGGGGCCAUAUUUGGACAUCCUUGGAUUACACAAAGCGGCCAACUGCAGGCUAAUCCUGAGGGGCCAUAAACCACCUUCAGAGCCUCAAACCAGUCCCGUGGGGCAACCAAUUCUCUGGUUCCCCCAUGUUCCUCAUCAUCAUCAUCGAGGGAGAUCCAGCGAAAACAAACACGGUUUUAAGUUUUGAAUGGAAUGAGAUCCUUUUGUAGAGAUUGUCCCCUGGCUUAUAGGUACCUUCUCCACACCUUCUAAUCCAGCCAUUCCUUGCUUGGGUUCAAGUGCCAAGAUGACUGUUCCCCAAAUCAAGGCCCCUCCCAUUUCAGUCUUGUAAUCACAAAUGCGUUGUAGUUCUCGGAUUGCAGGGAAUAUGCGCUGAUCUCUUUAUCGGGUCAUCUUCAAAGUACCUUUGGCCUAUUGCACCUGGAAGAGACUUUUCCCCUCUCUUGCGAACGGAGGCCGACUCAACGCAGUGAAGGAUCUCGAGACGCACUUGACCAGGAAUUCGGCAUCUGGGACGGUCUGCUAGUUCCCUAAUGGCAGCCACAGCUGAACCACACAGCCUUCCCCAUCGUCUACCAGAUUCGAAAGUGGUCCGUUCCAAAAUAGACCGUGCAAGAUCGUAAGGUGUUCUAAGCAGGCAACCACCCCACCGCAGCUGCUGUUCAGCACUAAGGUUCCCCCAGGGAAGAUCUGUAGGGCUCCCACAAAGUUCUCCCAUAUCUUCUAAAAAAGUAACUGGUGCGCUUUGCUUUUGAAGUCUCUCUCAACAGGAGCUUGGCCCAGAAAAUAGCAUCUAGAACAGGAGUCUCCAACAUUGGUCACUUUAAGACGUGUGGACUGAGGAACUCCCAGAGUUCCUCAGCUGAAUUCUGGGAGCUGAAGUCCACAAGUCUUAAAGUGGCCAAGGUUGGAGACCUCUGAUCUAGAAGAGGUACGACGGCGUUUUCCCAACCGUGGGAACUUUUAAGACGUGUUGGACUUCAACACCAGCCAGCAUGGGAAUUCUGGAGUUGAAAGUCCACACGUCUUUAAAGGUUCCCAUGAUUUUGGGGAAACGCUGCCCCUAGGAGAUAAGAUCCCAUGCCAAGGACAUCUCUGCCAGGUUCUGUUGCUCACUUUCAUGACUCCCAUUGCAGGACAACGUCACAUCUGACUUAGCCAGGAAGUUGGCUCUAAAAUAAAUAAAUCUGCCAGCACCAGCAAGUUGUAUAGCAUCUGGUUUGUCUCUCUCUCUCAUUCUCUCCUGCAUUCCUGCCUUUUGAAAUUUUAUUCCUUUUGAGGAGUUCUCUCUUCCCCCCCCCUUCUCUCCCCAAAGAUUUGACGUCCAUCUUUUAGAACGGAUGUGGGGUGAAUUGCCCACUUCAAAAUGGCCUCCACUCUGCUGUAGAAAAAGGACUUUGCUAAAUCCAAGUUUUCCUUUUCACAAGCAAUGAAGGGUGCGUGUCCCGGGGAAGGAGGGUGUCUUUUUAAUUUAUUUUUACCCGGGGUCCCCGUGUCUCACUGAGCACUGAAUGGAAAUCCACUCUUGCUUGCCUUUGAUGUUGCUUUCCUGAUUUUGUGAGAUUUAUGCCCCUUUUCUCUAGGGUGGAAUUUGCUAGAAUUUGCACCUGGGGGGAGGUAAUGGGGGGCUAUUAGGAAGCAGGGGGAAUCUAAUGGGUAAAAAUCGACUGUUUUGUAGAAUUGGGAGG